AGCGACUCUGAAGUUAUCAGCAUUGGAGUAGCUUCGACAAGAGGCAGCAAGCGAGCUGUGCGGACGGACCGUUGAGGGAGAGAGAAAAAAGCGGGAAGAUGCUGAUCCUGGAGCUGCAGCUUCACCUCUUCAGCGCAAACAUGGGAUGCUCUUGUAACUUUUAAUGUGUUGAAGUGUAUCUCCGUUUGUUGGCUGCUUAAUUCUGUCCGUUUUAAGUGCUGCUCGCCUGCCUGUCAUGCUUGCUCCAUCAGCGCACAGUGCGCUCUUUCUGUGCGCCUUCCUCCAACUGUUCUCCGUGCCCGGCGGACAGGUGCCGAGCUGCCAGGAGGUGCGCACCGUGUUUCAGUCCCUGCACCCAGGCUCCAAGUGGGUCCCCGAAACCCCGGUGUCAGGUGCCGAUCUGCAAGUCUGCCAAACCAAAGGCCCCGCCUGCUGUUCCAAGAAAAUGGAGGAGCGGUAUCAGGUAGCCGCACGCAGCAACAUGGAGUCUGGUCUGCAGGUUGUCAGUGCUCAACUCAAACGUCUCAUCAUCCAGAACGCCGCUAUAUUCCAAGAGGCUUUCGACCUGGUCCUGCGUCAUGGUCGUAACUUCACCCUGGCUAUGCUGAAGUCGGAGUUCCCAGGUCUCGGAGGGGGAGCCCAGAGCUCUGUAGGGCAGCUCUUCCUGGACAUGUCGCUCUACAUACUGGGCUCAGACUCCACAGUGGACCACAUGGUGGCGGUGCUCUAUGGUCGCCUCUUCCCCCUGGCUUACCGCCGCCUGUUGGGCGGCACCGUAUCCUCUGUGUCUGAGGAGUGUGUGAGAGGAGCCUGGAAGGAGUCAGGAGCAUUUGGCCCUUAUCCCAAACUGAUGAUGACCCGUCUGUCUCGCUCCCUCCUGGCCACACGAGUCUUCCUGCAGGCGCUGAACCUGGGCAUUGAGGUUGUCAACACCACCGACCACCUGCGACCCGGCCGGGACUGCAGCAGGUCCCUGCUGAGGCUGUGGUACUGCCCGCACUGCCAGGGCAUGCUGGGGCCGCCAGCCUGCAGAGGCUUCUGUCAGGCGGUGAUGCAGAGCUGCUUGGGGGGAGCGGCCGAGGUGCAGCCUCACUGGAAGAGCUACGUAGACGGACUGGGGAAGCUGGCCGGUGCCAUGAGGGGAGAGCAGGACAUGGAGGCUGUUGUUCUUAGACUGCCUUCAAUGAUCAAACUGGCUAUCAAGCAUGCUGUGAAUGCCCGCAGCCGCCUCACUGCCCUGGUGAGCGGGAUGUGUGGAACCACUCCUCAGCGGGCCUCUCGCUCAGUAGCAUCCCCUCCUCCCCAGCUUCCCGCUGCCUCUGCAGCCCGCAACACGCAGCUCUCCUCCUCGGACUCAGAUGAGACUCUGGGUGGCCUCCGCAGGGAGUUCAUAUCCAACUUGAAGGGCUUCAGCUCCUUCUACAGCGGUCUUGGGGAGGCGCUGUGCAGCCGUGAGCCUGCUCCAACAAACUACUCCCUCUGCUGGAAUGGGCAGGAGAUGACAGACAGGUUUUCAGUGCCGGUCUUGAAGCGAUCGCACCCCGGCUCCGAGUCCCGAAGCAACAAGCCCCCCGAGCCGAUCAUCAGCCAGAUCAUAGACAAACUCAAACACAUCAACCAGUUGCUGCGGCUGGUAACGGUGUCUGAAAAGCGCUGGAGAGCCCGGUCGCGGGCAGGUGGAGGGGACGGGUGGAACGAUGAGGGGGAAGAGGGAUUCGAGAGCGGAGACUGUGACGAUGAAGACGAGUGCACUGGAGUGUCAGGGCUGGGGCCGCCACCGAGACGUAAACGGUUACGCAUCUUUGCAGACCUGGCUGAUAACCUAGCAAUGGACGACUUCACCUUCCAGGAGCAGCUGCUGACCCCUCGCCUGGCCACAGCCGGGGUCGGAGGCGUCUCCUCACCUGCGGCUCCGCUGUGGAGGAGCUCCCUGGUCCCGACUUUCCCCGUGACGCUCGCUCUGCUCCUGUUUCGUCACCACUGACCAGUGCGCUCACACACUCCCAGCACCACUUUCCCCUAGGAUUCAAUGCAAACUCUGUGGAACGGGACAAACCUUUUUAUUUGUAUGCUCUGGUUCCUGAUGUAAAGUUCAUCAAAGGAAGCAUCAACAACAACAAAUUCUACUUUUCUCUUUAUUUAUUUUAGUGAGAACUUUUUUUGUUUCAUUCUAAACUAAACUCGAUGUCCUCAACAAGCCUAUUAAAGCACACCAGAUAAACAUGGCAUUGUUUAAAUAACAAACUCGCCCUCGGGUCCACUCCCACUAUGGUUAUUAUAACUUGUGUGCCCUCUUGCCUCCCGUCCUCACAUCGACCUGCAAGUGAGGAGCUACUCUUGAGAACAAACACACAAAAUACUUUUUUUAAAUGCUCCUAGUCUGCAACAAGUUAGCGCCCGACAGAAACAUGUUGUGAAGAAGAACAAAACUUUUGCUACUCUCUUCCAUGGUAGUGAAACAUCUCCUGCCAGGACCGGGCUUCAGCUGGGGAGUGAUGAACUCCUUAUCCCCAGAGGUUAAACCCUUAUUUGAACAUGCACUGUACCUUAAGAUGCUCUGUUGAUAUUUAUAUCUCCCCCUCACAUUGUUUGUGUCCUAGUGAUAGCUAAAUUAUUUCUGAGUGAUUCCCUCAACUCAAGUGUUCACACUCUCACCGUCAGUGUUUGCUUUGUUUUGUAACGCUGAUUAUUUUUUAACAGUAACAGCUCUAUGAUACAAUAUAUUCAUCAUAAGAGGCUAAAUCUCAAACGCAGCCUGAUAACUGUACAGAUGUAUGUUUUUUUCUGUGUUGGUGCCAUGUUUACAAAAAGAAAUUAUUUGAAAUAUUGGCAUAUUUCACAAGAAUAUAUGGUUUGUGGAGUGAAUUAUUGGCUGGACUGUGAUGCAUUGCUGCACAUCUCUAGCUCAUUCUUUAGCACUGUGGGUAAAGCGAGGAGUAAUGUCAAACAGAAAUAUGUGUAAAUUGCUUUUGUAAUGUUGGUUUGCAUUGAGCUCAUACAUUCUCAAAGUUCUCAUUCUCUGGACUUUGUAUUCAAUUAUUUGUGCUUCUCUGUUUUGUUUUUAACCAAAAGUCAGAUUUUUUUUAAUUAUUAUUUUAGUUUUGCUCAGAUUGUGUGGUGAAAACUGGGUACCAGCUCCCUUGUUUGGGCUGGAAGAGGUGUGAGGGACGUUUGGAACAACACUAAUUAAAAGCUGAAAGUGUAUCUGCUGCUGCCACCCAGCUGACUUCACCGCUGUGAGUCAACUGUACUCACACCAGAUUAUCCAUCCAUACGUAGCACGGGUGUAACUAGAACUGAACAAUUAUUUGGAAUUUUAUUGAAAUCACAACAUGGUCUUGUGCAAUAUCCAAAAUGGAGGUGCAAUAUUGGUUAAUUUGUGUCAAAAUCCCAUUCUGAAUGAAGUAUUGUGGUGCUGCAGAGAUGUCUCGGCCUACAAAUCGUAUUUUACAGACUUAAGAAAAAAUCUUUGUUUGUUACUAUUCCUCAAAAACAAUCGCACUAUGAUCAUUUUAAUAUAUUUUUCAAUGAAAAUAAUGAUGCAAAAAUGAUCAAUCCCUCCAAUAUCGUGAAUCAUAUCGCAAUUACAAUGUUCAUCAAAAUAAUCGGAAUUAGAUUUUUUUCCCCAAAUUGUCCCUAGGUUUAACUGAUAACAAUAACGACGGCUCUAUUCUAUUCCGAUGUGCCAGUAAGUGGUGUCAGUGAGCCAGCACGCAGAGUACCAGAACACCUGAAACACCUGGAACACCUGGAACACCUGAACUGAAUACAGCCCUAAUUCAUGUCAUUAAUUACACCUGUGUUUGUCACCAGUCAGUCAUGUGAUUUAAGGUUGAUCAAAAUGAAUGCCUCGUAAUAUUUGGAUUUUUAUUUUCAGUUAAAUGUUGAUGAGAAAGUACGAUGUAUAAUAAACUAAACCUGUUUUACA